AUGCCCCAGCCACUGCCCCGCGAAAAUGCCAAGCAUCACUACCUGCAAGAGACCAAGAAGAUGGACGUGCUGUCGCACUUUGUCGGCGUGUGGAGCGAGAAGUGGUGCGACGUCGACGUGUCCAACUCGACCAAGAUCACCUACGACGGCCACGCGCUCAACGUCGUCUACACCAAGAACAAGUUCACGGCACAGUUUGUCGACUUUGACUUUGCCGCCCAGCAGCUGCGCUUCAAUCUCUCGGGCGGUGACUCGGGCUGGUCGUUCAUCUACACACUCAAGUACCAUUUCGAGGGUCGUCUGUCGCUCAACGUCAACAGAUUCCACGACAGCAUGUCGUUCAAUGGCUUCUUCAAGCGCAGCGAGCAGCAGUCCGAGCAGUUGUCUGUUCCACAACUGGACAUUGCCGCACCACAUCAGCUGAGUCCAAGAGGACCCGUUGUCUCACCACCAGUCUCCCCAUUCGACCUUGAUGAUGAAGAGGAUGAUGAGAUGCCAGAUGAGGCAUCCCUCUUUAACCUUCAGUCACGUAGACAGUCAGUGUUCUAA